GCUGCUCAUUAUGCACCAAUGAAUUAGCAGACCUGCGGCAGCCAGUAUACGCCCUCUAACGGAGAGAGGACGUUGUACACAUUGUGGGAGGUGUGGAUUUUUGUUAUUAUAAAGAAAAUGGGAGUGGAGUGAAAAGUGGACGUGAUUGAGAGAUCCUGAUAGUUUGAGUAGUAGUGAGGAAUACAGGAUUGACCGGCUAACACAGAGUUGAGUGCUUCGAGUCACAGGCUAAUCACGUGAAAAGCCAUAAGGAUCGCGCUGUCAUUACUGUUCAUUCCUGCAUCUGUUGCUACUGUAACUUCCCGUGCAGUCAAAGAUAACCAACUCUCGGAAAAUGUUUCCUUCUCGGCAUCAUUUAGUUUUCCCUUCAGUCCAGGAAUUGGGUGCAUCUCUUGUCCACUUUAUUGCUGAACUGGCUAACGAGUCAAUACAUUCUCCGCGGGGUUGUUUCACUGUGGCACUGUCUGGUGGCAGUCUAAUUAACAUACUUUCUGAAGAACUGCCAAAGAUAAAAACUGCAGACUGGAAAAACUGGUUUAUUGGCUUUGCAGAUGAGCGAGUAGUUGCAUUUGAGGAUCCUGAAAGUACAUAUGGACUGUACAGGACCCAUCUUCUGACAAAGAUCUCUGUACCUGAAGAGCACAUUCUUGUCAUUAACCCUGCACUACCAGUGGAGGAUGCAGCUGCCGACUAUGAGAGGAAGCUAAAAGAGGUGCUCCCAGGUGAUAACUUUCCCGUUUUUGAUUUGAUCAUAUUGGGGAUGGGCCCAGAUGGACAUACUUGUUCACUGUUUCCUGAUCAUCCUCUUCUUCAGGAGAUGGAAAAAUCUGUUGCUGCCAUCUCUGACUCACCAAAGCCACCUCCCAGGAGAGUCACCCUUACUCUGCCAGUCUUGAACUCGGCACGUCAUGUCGUAUUUGUGGCUACAGGGGAGAGUAAAGGCACAGUGUUGAAGCGUGUUCUUGAAGGAAAUGAGAAGAACCCACUCCCGGCUGCUCGUGUACAACCACAGAAUGGAAGUUUGCACUGGUUCUUGGAUGCCCCAGCUGCUAAAGACUUAAUUCUUCCUUUGGAGAGGCUUUCUACCUUGUAAACGUUUGCAUAAUUUUAGCCUUUUAAAAAUUCUGGACAUGCCAUGCAGUGAUGAGAUGAAAUGGUGCUUUCAUAAAAACUGUCCUUUUGUAUUACUGCAGUAUAUAUGCAAACAUCUGUAAUUUCACUGUUUCUUCAGGAGAAUCCAAUCUAGAUACUUUAUCAUCCAUCAGCACCAUAGUUGCAUACUGCAUUGUACAUUUGUAGACAGUGAGAUGCUAUAAUGGAUUAAUUAAACCAUAUUGGUCAUCA